AGUGAAGAAGAAAAAGCAAAACAGCACAUGUGAGACCAGGGCAAGACGCGGACUGUAACAUUUAUUUUCAUGUUAAUCCCUAAACAAGACCUCGAGUGUGAAUCAUGGAUAAACUUAGCUUCUAUCCUCCACCUAACUUCGACUGUCCGCCUCCGAACUCCAUCCAACAACCUCAGCCGCCCGCCGUUUCAAAAAGCAGCUUCCACCCCAGCAUGUGGAGUUGGAACGAGUCACCCUGCGAACCUGAGCCCAGGAUGGCUUACAGCGGCCAAGCGAAUUGGAACUAUCAACCAGCGUCAGGAAUCUAUGGAUCUCAAUAUUCAUACGGUCAUCAUUGGUAUCAACCCAGACAACAAAAUUGGAGCAAUUACGGACCAGCAUGGAACCGUGGGAAAAAGCGUCAAAACAAGAAAGAACCGGAUUAUAUGCAUUUUUGUGACCCAUGCGACAAAGGAUUUAAAACCCAGGAGAAAUAUGAGGAGCAUGUCGCUCAACACAUAAAGUGUUCUGUCCCAGACUGCAGCUUUAUGGCACAUGAAAAAAUAGUCAGCUUUCAUUGGAAAAAUACCCACGCACCCGGAAUGAAGAGAAUUAAGUUGGACACCGCAGAAGAGAUUGCAAAAUGGAGAGAGGAGAGGCGCAAGUCUGUUUUUACAAAUGGAUGCUGGCUAAUCUUGAGAUUGGUAGUCACUGACAGCAGCUUUGACCUUUUUUGUCCCAGGAACUAUCCAACUUUACAGAAUAUUGAGAAAAAGAGAAAACUGAUGCAGGAACGGGAAGAGACGGGAGCAGUUCUGGAGACGGCUCAAUUUGGACGCAUGAGAGGCAGAGGAUGGCGUGGGAGAGGUCAUCGCGGGUUUCACGGUCAACAACCCCAAGGUUUGCGUUCAUCCAAUGCUGACCCUGCAGCAGAGAGACCGCCACCCCACACCCAGCCAGCAAUUCAUAAUGGUGAUCCACUGGGAGUUUUGGCCAAAGGUGACAUUGAGUCUGAUAAAGAUGAUGCUGACACUGACUCCAGGCCCGCCGGCAUUGUUGUUGCCCCAAAACAGAUGAGUGCCGCACUCGGGUCUCUUGCAGCGAACUAUGGCUCCAUGAGUGAGAGUGAAAGUGAUGAAGGAGCACAGGACUCGACUAUACAAAAAACCAAAGAACUGAUCCAAGAAAACAAGGAGUUGCUUGGCCAGAACAACGGCCAUUUCAUAGACACCAGAACCGUGACACAGGACACGCACACUUCCAAAGUGUCAUGUCCUUGGUCUGCCUCGAACACGUCAAACGACCGAAGAGGACAAGGGAGAAGAGGAGGAAGACGAGGAAGGCAAGGUCGCCGUGGAUACCAAAAUAUGUCGCGGCGGCCCACUCUCCUUGAGAUGCUUCUUGCCCCGGAUAUCCGCCAUGAGAGAAACGUCCUCCUGCAGUGCGUUCGCUACGUAGUCCGAAAUGACUUCUUUGGGCUGGAGAGCAAAACUCAGCUCAAGCUGGGGAUCAAGCGGACACAAGGUGCUGGAGGUUCAGACCGGGAAGUUAAGAAUGAAUGCAGGACUUUGUCCGAUUCCCUAGUUGAUAGCAAGGCCUGUUCUGUUGAGGGUGGGACUUUAACUCAAAAAGCCAACACCAUGCCAGAAAUAUGGACGGAGGAAAACAUGGCGAUUUCUCCAGCCACCGCCACAAUCGAUGUCAUAGUUGAUCACAGCUCAGCAGAGAAUAGUCUGGAUCAGGCGCCGCUCGGUGACCAAGCUGCUGCUGGAGUCCCUGAUGACACAACUCGACUUGGUUCACUAGACACUUUGUCUGGUACAGCAUGUGACCAAGCAGGCUUAAGUUUAUCACAUUCAGGAGCAGGCUGUGAAGCAGCAAGUGACCAAGGGGUCCAGGCCACACCACCAAAUGAACAUUUAAACAUGCAAAAAUCCAAUGAUCCCCCUGUGGAUUCUUUUGCAAAUGAAGAGCAGGUUACAGACGAUAAGGAAGAAAUGGCAAGUGGUCACAACCACGACCAUGAUUCAAUAGCAUCUUGUGAAAGUACAUGUACCAAUAAUAUUUAUGAUGAUGAAAUAUGGGAAACGGCAAUUUGAUUGAGAUCGUUUAGAGAAUCUCAGUGUUUUUGUUUUGUACUUGCUAAAUUGAUUUGAUCAUACAACUCUUUUCAAUGUACAUUGAUCAAAGUAUUUCUUUUCCUCUAGCAAAAAAUUAUAUACAUGAAAUUUUCUAACUUUUUUCCCCAUUUCAUAUCUAUUUAGGUAUAGUCUUUUGUUGUCCCUUAUUUCCUACCUCUGCCUGCCUUUAAUUUUGGUAUAAAGUUAUGAAGUUACCAUCGCUGUCUGCGUUUAGUUUUGGAAGAAGCGAUCUACCUAAGUACCGUAAAAUGUUUGUGCUUAUUUCCCACCAUUUUCAGUUUUGGUGAAUAUUAGGUGUUCUUGUGACUAAAUAACAGUCUACAGAUAUCUGAAGUACAAUUUAAAAAAAACACAUUUAUCCAUAGUUUAGUUUACAUCAGGGAUUGUCAACCGUACCCUCUUGUGGUGCGUGUCGGUAUUGCAGGUAGUCCGCGAAAUUGGAAAUGGAAAGUUAUUGUAACACAUCUAAAAAUAAAAUUGAUUUCGUUA